AUUGAUAAUCCUUUCCCUCUCUUCAACUCUCAGAAAGGCAGACGGACAGACGGCAGGACGGAUACACGGGUGGGGGCUGUGCUGGGCGGCUCGGCGGCAGGCUGGUGGAAGAUGUCGUCAGGAGCCGGCGGGCGGGGGGGCAGGCGUCCGCGGGGGACGGCGGGCGGGGGCGGGGGGGGGGAGGCGGAGGAGGGCCCCGUGGGCGUCCCCUUCCCCGAGCACAGCGCCGACGUGCUGGGCAGCCUGAACCAGCAGCGGCUCAGCGGGCUGCUGUGCGACGUGGUGCUGGUGGCGCAGGAGCGGGAGUUCCCGGCGCACCGCUCCGUCCUGGCCUCCUGCAGCUCCUACUUCCACAAGCUCUUCACCUCCGGGGCCGCCGCCGACCAGCAGAACGUCUACAGCCUGGACUUCGUGGCGGCGGAGGCCCUGGGGGCCCUGCUGGACUUUGCCUACACGGCCACGCUGACCGUCAGCCACGGCAGCGUGGCCGACAUCCUGGCUGCCGCACGCCUCCUGGAAGUCCCCCCCGUCCAGGACGUCUGCACACACCUGCUGGACACCAAAGUGCUCUCCCCGCCGGCGGGCAAUGAGCGACGAGAUGAAGACGAAGACGCAGAGGGUAAAGGCAGAGCAGAGCAGGGGAACCGGGUGCGGGCCCGGGAGUACCUGGAGUACUUCCAGAGAGGGGCACAUUGGAGCAGCAGCUGCAGCACGCCGGAGCUCAGGGACCUUCCACACCUGCACUUUAAUCACGGUAAUGGGAGCGCCCCUAGCAACGGGGCUCCUGCCGGCCCCGGUGAGUACUACUCCCCCCUGGCGCUCCACCUGUCCCAGCUCCGAGGGCCGGAGGAAGAGGAGGACGACGAAGAGGAGGACGAGGACGGGGACGCGCUGCUGGGGAACGGCGCCUUCCUGGGCUCGGCCUACUUCCCCCCGCCUCAAAACGGCCACUUCUACAUCCCCACCGAGUCUCGGCAGGACGCGGAGGAGGAGGAGGGGGGGUGCAGGGAGGGGGCGGCGAGGGAGAGGGGCCCGGCCAGCGCCCUCCUGCAGCAAAUGAUGGACUCCAUCGAGAGGCAGAAGGAGCGCUCCACGGCGGGGGAGGAGCCGGGCGACGGCGGGGAGGACCCCGACAUGGAAUUUUACUUGAAUUAUUUUAGCAGCGCGCAGCACGAGGACGCAGCCUCCGCCGCCGCCGCCGUCGCACAGGGAGUGCCGUCGCUGUGGCUGUCGAGAGGCGGCGGGCAGAACCGGGCGGGCGGAGACAGGGGGGCCGGGGAGCGGGGGGGCGGGGGGGGAGGGGGCGGGGGGGAGAGGAAGAUGCGCUCCAAGGCCUUCCAGAAGUGCCCCAUAUGCUCCAAGGUCAUCCAAGGAGCAGGCAAGCUACCCCGCCACAUCCGAACGCACACGGGAGAGAAACCCUACGAAUGCGCCAUCUGCAAAGUGCGCUUUACCAGACAGGACAAGCUCAAGGUUCACAUGCGGAAGCAUACAGGAGAGAAGCCUUACCUGUGUACACAGUGUGGAGCUGCCUUUGCUCACAACUACGACCUGAAGAACCACAUGCGUGUACACACUGGCCUGCGCCCCUAUCAGUGCUCGAGCUGCUUCAAGACUUUCGUGCGCUCGGACCACCUGCACCGCCACCUCAAGAAGGACGGCUGCAACGGGAUCCCCUCCCGCCGGGGCCGGAAACCCCGGGUGAGGGAUCCGGGGCUCCUGGGGGGCCCCCCGGGCCUGCUGGGCCCCGGCCCGGGCCUCGACCCGGGGCCCGCCCGGCUGGAGGGCGUUGCCCCCGGAGACCUCGCACACAGUCCCGGGCUGCAGGAGCCGGCGGGGGGGGCGGGGCCCUGA